CAUUACAAACAAAAAAAAUAGUUCAAACUUACUCUACAUAGACCCCUUGUUUAUGGGUUAUCACAGCUUACACCGGAGUCAUCAUAAUUAAUUCGUCGCUGUAAAUUCCAACUCUCACCACUUUCUGAACCACAACACAAUGCCGGAAAACGAAUACGACCCUCUUCUCCAAGUUACCGAUGCCGGCGACGGCGCAAACGCCUCCGACUCAUGGAAGAAAGUGUUCGAUAAAGAGGAGUUCAACAAACAGUUCUCCAUUUCAUUUCCCAUGAUUCUCACUAAUGUUUUCUACUACUUAAUCCCUUUGAUUUCCGUCAUGUUCGCCGGUCAUCUCGGCGACCUCGAACUUGCCGGAGCCACUCUCGCUAAUUCCUGGGCCACCGUCACCGGAUUCGCUUUCAUGACGGGUUUGAGUGGCGCAUUGGAGACACUCUGUGGCCAAGGAUUUGGGGCGAAACUGUACCGAUUUUUAGGGAUUCAUCUGCAAUCCUCGUGUAUAAUCUCUUUCUCCUUCUCGAUUUUCAUUUCCCUUCUCUGGUUCUACACAGAGCCGGUCUUGAUUUUGCUGCAGCAGGAUCCCGCCGUGUCGAAAACGGCUGCACGGUAUAUGAAAUUUCUGGUUCCUGGGCUGUUUGCUUAUGGGUUUUUGCAGAAUAGUGUGAGGUUUAUUCAGGCUCAAUCUGAUGUUAUGUUUUUGGCUGUGCUCUCUGGUAUUCCGUUGGUUCUUCAUGUUGGUGUUGCUUAUGGUUUUGUGAACUGGACGAGUUUGGGGCUGGAAGGAGCUGCUAUGGCAGCUUCUAUUUCAUUGUGGGUGGCUUUCUUGGUUGUGGCUGUUUAUGUGUUUAAGUCUGAGAAGUAUAAGCGUACAUGGGAAGGAUUCUCUGUUGAAGCUUUUAGUUACAUAGUAUUCAAUUUGAAACUUGCUUUGCCAUCUGCUGCAAUGGUUUGUUUGGAGUAUUGGGCAUUUGAGAUUCUUGUGUUCUUGGCUGGAUUGGCUCCAAACUCUGAAACAAAUACCUCUUUGAUUGCAAUUUGUGUAAACACAGAAGCCAUUGCCUACAUGAUCACAUAUGGACUCAGUGCAGCUGCAAGCACAAGGGUGUCAAAUGAGCUGGGGGCAGGCAACCCUGAUAGAGCAAGACAAGCCAUGUUUGUCACUCUUCUACUCUCAUUCCUUCUAGGCCUUUCAGUCGUUCUUCUUCUAGCAUUUGGCCACAACAUCUGGGCAGGAUUCUUCAGUAGUAGUCCUGUAAUUAUACAAGCCUUUGCCUCCAUGACACCCCUUCUCACCAUUUCCGUGCUCGCCGAUUCUGUCCAAGGCGUAUUAUCAGGGGUGGCUAGAGGAUGUGGUUGGCAACACAUGGUUGUGGUUGUAAACUUAGCUACAUUCUAUCUUGUUGGUAUCUCAACAGCAGUCUUUCUGGAAUUCAGAAUGAAGCUUUAUGCCACGGGGUUGUGGAUUGGUUUGAUCUGUGGCUUGUUAUGCCAAACUUUGACACUGUUGGUAUUAAUAGUUCGCUCAAAGUGGACAAGAAUUGAGCUGUCUGAUCAUGGAGGUAAGCAAAAUCCAGCUUUGAUUUGAUUCUUAGUUGAGAUUUUUAGCUGCAAUAACUAUGAUGAGAAUAAACUCAAUUUUGAAUCCUAGAAAUGUAUGAGCUGGAUUUUGAUUAAUUAGUGGUAUUUUGGAUUAUAAAGUUCUUAUUUUAGGUUUAUUUAAUGUAA